AUGACAAGAUAUACUAAAUUAGAAAAGAAAAAGUAUGAAAAAGCUGCCGGAUUUAACAUUAAGCCACUUCAACCAGAUAAAGAAGUCGAACAAGACGAUUCUAAAAUAAAAGAACAGAAAAACAAAAGAAAGUUUCGAGAAGAAAAGCUUGAGGUCAACUCUAAAUUGGAAAAGAAUUCUAAAAAGAAAUUAAAAUUAAAUAAAGAAAAGAUAAAGAAAACCGAAGAUACUGAAAUUAAAUCGAAAAGGUCAGAAAAACGUAGACAGAGAAGAAUAAAAGAACGGCAAAACAAAACUAUAUGUUUUGGAUGUAGGAAGAAAGGUCAUAGCGUUAAGGACUGUCCAGAAGCAAAAGAACAAGGUGUAGGCAUGUGCUAUAAUUGCAGUUCAACCGAACAUAUUGCCAAAGAUUGCAAAAAACCGAUUAAACGAGGUGAUGAAUACCUUUAUGCAAAAUGUUUUAUUUGUAAUGAGCAAGGACAUCUUUCUAGACAAUGUCUAAAGAACGAAAGAGGAUUAUAUCCUAACGGUGGUACAUGUAGAUUCUGUAGUCAAGUAACUCAUUUAGCUAAAGAUUGUACAUUGAAAAAUCAAGCUAUUGGAACCUCCGUUGUAGUAGGCAAAUUGGAUCUGCAACAUGGUGCUGAUGAUGAUGAUUUUCAUAUUCAGGUUCUAGAAAUGUCUGAAGAGAAAUUGAAUACUAUCAAAUCUGGAAAGAAUAAAUUUAAAAAGAAAAUUGUGAAAUUUUAA